AAGAAGAUUUUCAUUUUUUAACAGAAUGGUCAAAAGAAACAGUUACGUGUACAGCAGAGAAGUUACUAAAGUUGCUGUGAAGAAAAUCAAAGAUGAUGGGGAUCGAAACAAACUCAUUGAUUUGCAGUCAGAGUUGAAAAUAUUGAUUCAUGUUGGUGAAAAUGAAAACAUUGUAAACAUAUUAGGAGCUUGUACAAAAGGUGAAAGAACAAGUUUGUGUAUUAUUACGGAGUUCUGUGAACACGGAAAUGUUCGUCAAUUUCUCCGUGACAGUCGAAACAGAUACAAUCAAGACAAGGAAUACAUGAUGAACGAUUUAUCACUAGAUUUUGGACCACAAAAUCUGAUUCAAUGGGCGUAUCAUAUCAUACAAGGCAUGGAAUUCUUAAUAUCCAGGAAGAUCAUUCACCGGGACCUGGCUGCUCGUAACAUUCUACUUGGUACAGGUUACAUAGCCAAAGUUGGAGACUUUGGCUUGGCAAGAGAUAUUUACAAGUAUCAAGUUUACACGAAGAACACACCGGGAUUACUUCCUUUGAAGUGGAUGGCAAUUGAGUCAAUCAAGGAUUCUGUUUACACGGAGAAGUCUGAUAUGUGGUCGUUUGGAGUAGUUUUAUUUGAGCUGUUUACCCUAGGUGGGACACCGUAUCCCGGCUUACAUGUCAGUGAAGUAUAUGCCCAUUUGCUUAACGGAAAUCGAAUGGAGCCACCCAUCUACUGUCCUGACAUCAUUGCUGAUUUGAUGAAGAAAUGUUGGAUUGAAAAUCCACAACUUCGUCCAACAUUUGAAGAAGCGAAAAAAAUGGUAGAAAAAAAUGUCCCGACAAUUUCAUCCAGUGAAAAAGUGAAGGAUUUGGAAAAUUAUGAACAAAAUCAGAACAUAUCGACAAAAAUGUCGCAGUCAGAAGCAGAAAUUAAAUUAUUCAAGGAAAGAAAAAUGGAAGAGAUUCCAAUGGCUUAACCAAUGGCUUAAAUCCUUUUUUGACUUCACAUUCAUAAAAAUUGAAGUUGAGAAAAAUAUCGUUAGAUCGAUGACAAAUUGACUUAUAUAUAUUGACUUAUAUAGCCUGGAUACAUUACAAUUGUAUUGAACAAAAAAGAAUGAGCAUAUUUUAACGCUAGUGUGAUGUCCACACUUGUUAAAUAAGAAGAUAUAUUUGAAAUCAAGUCUUUAUCCAAGUACUUUUUUGCUUUUUCAUUGAAAAACUUUUGCAGAAAUGUAGAGGUUUUAUUUAAAUUGUUGUGUACUUUUUGAUUAGAACCAAGGGCAGAAGAAUGUAGGGCUAAGGGGCUGCUCACCAAUAAUUAAAAUGGGGGUGCUAAGCCCCACCCCCCCACACACAAAUAUUCCAUUGUAACAAAGAGCUUUUCAAUAUUCUUCCCAAAACAAGUCCUUGUUUGACAGGGGGAAUACAUAUUAGAUUCUCUCAUACUGUCUUUCUCAUAGAGAAUGAAGUAUUUAAUGGACAGUAUUUAAUUUUCCUGAAUCUCUGACUAAAAUUUUGCUCACGGGAUAAGAAUGACACCCCUACCAAGACUUUUUUUGUUAUUCAGACCCCACACAAAACCAAACAUCUUCUACUGCCAAUGUCUAGAACACACUGUUAUGAUAUCAUAUAAAGAUGGUCAAUAACCAAGUUGUAAAUAUUCUGCUAAUUAUAACAUGUUGCAAUGAAAAGUAAAGCCUCAAUUACAUAAGAGAAGCUUUCAAAA